CAAGCAAGACACCAGAGUCUUAGUUCUUCUUAGUACACAAACAGUGAAGACCUUGGACCAGGGUUGUAUAACUGAAUCUGCAUUACUUCAGUACAUUUUGAUCUCUGGAUUAAACAUUUGAAAACGCUAUGGGGACUCUUACAAACGUUCUCCUCUGCAGCUUUGUUGUAGUGUUUGCUCAGAAUGGUGUGAAAUUAGAGGCGGACAAGCCAUUUGAACGCCAGGAGCUCGGUGCCUCAGUGUCCGUGCAGUGCUGCUACGUCAACGUUAAUGAGAAAGUGCCAUCAACUUGGGUCAAACUCUUUGUAGUUGAGGGCAAACUCAUCCCUCAACCAGUUGAAAAUUCUACAGCUCUGACUACAAAAUUGAAAGAAGUAGGUAACAAAAAAGUCUGUUACGUCUUAACCUUCGAGACACUCCAGCUGAAUGACAGUGGGAUGUACCAGUGUUGGCUGAAGAGCAAGGGAAUGUUCACACAUGGCACCUACCUGCAGGUCUACAAACCAGUGAAGAAGGCAAUAAACCUCAGCGAAAACACCAAAAACAAGAUCCUGACAGCUGAGGGAAUCUUACUGUUGCUGUGUGUGCUUCUGCCUUCCGUCACCCUUCUCCGCCAGUCAAAGAGACUAAAUGAACUGGAAAGGAAGAAAUCGAAGAAGGAGGAGGAAAACAUAUAUCAGGGGCUAAAUCUGGAUGAUUGUUGCACCACAUAUGAUCAGAUCGAACGCUCCCAGGGACAUGGCCCGUACCAGGAUGUGUGCAACAUUGCUGAGGAAGAGGAGGAGAUCCAGCUGGAGAAACCCUGAGGGAAGGGAAAAGAUAAGGGAAGAAAAAAGGGAGUGUUUUAAUGGCUGAAGGUUAAGUGUGUGAUAUCUGAAUAUCAGGUUAUUGCUUUACCACACACAUUGGAAUUUGAAGUGUUGUACAUAGCCUGCAAUUACAGUUUUAGCAUCUGACAACAUAUUGUUUAAUCAGCUUCUUUAAUUUGAGAUUGAACAUUUUGAGCUUGUAGCAGUUGACAAAACAGUCUCACCACAAUGUCCAUGCAGUCAGGGGCGUAGACAGGAGUGUAGAAACACUGAGGUCAGAAGUCCAAGAAGCCCGUCCACUCCAGAUCAUUUUGAAGAUACUUAUUUUCUACGUUUGAUACAAUCAGCUGUAUAUUAUCUUAUUAUCUUUUUGUAAUUAUAUACAUUUAAAAAUAGUUAAGUCUACUCCAAAUUUUUAUUUUUCUUUGUCAAAUGCAUGGACACAAUAGUGAAACAAUAGUAGUAUCUAUAUUUAAUAAUAAUGAAAAUAAUGAUAAAUAAUAAAAUGGAAACUUCUGUGUCUUUCAAACAUAACGCAUUAUCCUCCAUAUUCAUGGAAUUAGGCAAAAUCUCUGCUUUUAAACCAAAAUGGAUGGAAAGUCCUUUAAGUGCUCAGAAAAUGUCGAAACAUGCCGAAAACUGCAUAUGCAAGAUUGUGUAAUGUGACCUGAAAGCUUAUAAGUGGACUUGACUGGUGAUUGUUUUAUCAGCUUCUUUAAUGUUUGUUGUGAAUCUAUGUGAAUAAUCUUGCAUUUUACUGAAUGACCUGACUGUGUGUCACAAUGUAUUUGCUUUCUGCCAUUUCUAUGAGUACUCAAAGAAUAAAGUUGUAGAAAAGAAA